CAGCCAGCACGUCUGUAAACACGCCGGGGGCCUGUCAUGGGGCGGGUGAAGGAGGCGGUGGCCGAGCGGGGAGGUGCCUGGGGCAGCCUCCAGGGUCCGCUCUGCCAUUCCUGAACUGGUCCGGGUCCCCGUGACCGUGGCUUCAGGGAACUGUUAGGCGGAGGAGGAGGAGGCGGCAGUCAGAGCCAUAUCCCCUUCUUCCCCAGGGCGGGGGCCGGGCCUGGCCGGCUGAGGCGGGGGAGGGCCGGGAGGGCGCCGGGCCGGGCCGGGCCGGCCUGUCUGCGGAGAUGGAUGACAGCAAGGUGGUUGGAGGCAAAGUGAAGAAGCCUGGGAAACGAGGACGGAAGCCAGCCAAAAUUGACUUGAAAGCAAAACUUGAGCGGAGCCGACAGAGUGCAAGAGAGUGCCGGGCCAGGAAAAAGCUGAGAUACCAGUACUUGGAGGAGCUGGUGUCCAGCCGGGAGAGAGCUAUAUGUGCACUCCGAGAGGAACUGGAAAUGUACAAGCAAUGGUGCAUGGCAAUGGACCAAGGGAAAAUCCCUUCUGAAAUAAGGGCCCUACUCACCGGAGAGGAGCAGAACAAGUCUCAACAGAACUCAAGCAGGCAUCCCAAAGCUGGGAAGACAGAUGCUAACACCAAUUUGUUGCUGGGGAAUUGAACCCAUAGCUUCAGAAAUAACUAGGGUGAAGAGCAUAUAAAAUGGAGUCAGUGAUCAAAGCCAAUGGUCUAACGACUAUGGAGGACACAUGGGCAGGACUUUGCUUCUUGUCUCCCCCUACCGCUUACUGCUCAGUAGGCAUCUCUGUAAAUCCGAAGUUUCUACCAAAACGUGUGAUUAUACAUCACGAAGGCCUUUGCUUUAAUUUUCAACACUUAGAUUUGCCAACAUUCAGACCUGCUCUGUAUUGUUCUCCAUGUUGGUCAACAAGUUAUGACGCCUGAAACCACAAGAAGAGAGGAAAGUGGAUGGAAAGCGCAUGUUUGCACCUUAGCCGUAUGGCUUUUUUGGUUAAUUUAUAUUUUUCCUAUGUAAUUCGUGUAUUUGUUUAUGUGUGUGUUUAGUUGUCCCUUCUCUUCAUGUUUUAAUCACUCUGCAAAAAGAAACCAAACAGGAUGUUUGUUUGCUGUGGUUCUCAGCCUUUAUGGACCCAAUGUUACUCCUUUAUAUUUACUUGAGUAAUGUUUGAUUGUCUGUGAGCCAUUCCAGCACAAGCUGUGAGUAUAUAUUAACAGAUACACAUUUCUAUUUUUAUAAUCCAUAGUGAUAUGCCUGUUUUAAAGAAUGUACAUAAGAAACCCAACAAGAACGCCACAGACAGCCUCUUUUGCUGUCUCCUCACACUGUGUUUAUGAAAGUUGGCUAGGGCCCAAUCCGAGCUUGGAGAAUUAGCCAUGUUUUAUUUUUAGGUGAAAAGUACCCUUCAGUAGCAUUCAUUAUCUGAACCUGCAGUGUGUGGGUUCACAUGUGUUUCUGUUGUAUAUCUACAUGUACAUGGAGUAGACAGGAGUGAAUGUUCACACACGUUUACUUGUGUGCUCAACUAAAGCAUGGAAUUUUUUGAAGAACAUAGAAUGAAACUAGCUGCUGAGACUGAGUGUCUGCCUUCCCGCCUGUCAGAGCACAGGCGCACCGCUGGCGAUGCUGAUGGCUGCUGCCCUUGGCAGAGUAUUCAGUGUCUUCCCUGACGCGAGUGUCCUUGUGAAUGUGUUCUGAGCCAGAAAGAACCCACCAUGUGCUUGUGCCUGCUUUAGCCUGUGCCUCCGCUGUGCCGGGGCACCCUGAGCUGUGCCUUACCCUGCAGCUUGGGGCCUGGCAGGCAUACGGAAUGGCAGGUGGCCCUGUAUGGUCUCCAUCCCAGCUGCAUUUACACGAUAGGGAGUGAGAGUUGAGGGGCAGAGCUCAUAGUAGGAUAUGCCAAGAUGAGGAAUUUCUUCUUCACUCUUGCUAGUUCAGUCAGAUAUUGUGUUCUCUGUUGCUGCUAAACUACAAUUGUUCCUCACUCUGAUGAGGCAGGAACUUGGCUUCCAAAAAAGAAGUGUUUGCUACAGACUGGCAAAGGGUGAGGAGGUGUCAUACUCUUCAGGCAUGUCCAACAUUUUGACAUUGUGACUUGAAGCCUGAGAACUGAAUGUUUUAAGUGAGUUUACAGUUUUGUGCUGGGACACAUUCCUAGCUAUUCUGAGGCAUGUACAGCUUGCAAGCCAUGGUUCAGACAUGCCUGGCAGGUUUUCUGUGAUGUGGGACACGAGAUGGGUCUCUUGGCAGGCAUUUAAACAGAUGCCUCCCCUUAGCUCAAGAUCCCUAGAUCUCAAGCUUCAAACUUAGAUCCCAUGUUAGGUGUGUGUGACCACCGACAGACCACUAGCCCAGCUUGCUGGGGCUCUCUGUGUUUAAGAAAAUGGGCAUUUAAGGGUAUUUAAUAUCUUCUUAGGACCAUAAAUGUAGACAAAGGGUAGUUGAUAUUCAGACCCUUCAGAAUUUAAGUGUUUUCAAAUAUAGUGUUGAGACUGUCCUGGGUGUGUUUCUGCCAGCUGGUCUACUCAGUCAUACACUAUUACUCUGCAGAACAGCCCAUGACUUUAUGUUGCUUUGUUCAGUACCUUAGAACUCUCUAGGAAAGUUGAUUUCAAAGCAAACAUUCCAGGAUGAAUGUGGCCCUCAGUGGAAUGUCUGCACUGUGCUAAUGACUCUGCAGGCUCUAAUUGUGAUGCAGGGUCAUCCCCAAGUAGAGCAGUUGGCCUUGGAGUGAAGUUGAAUACACUCGAGUUUAUUCUUGUGCCUGUAUCGCUUUAGUGUUCUAGAGAAAUCAAACCAAGAGAAUGGCCCUUAGUGUUUGAAGGGGACGUGCUGAUUGCUCUGGGAACUGUGCUGGCCCUUCUUCCUCAGAAGCCUGCGAUCUGAUCACUGGUCCUGACUCCCAAGAGCUGGAGCAUCUCCAUCUCCAUCCUGUGGCACUGCAGGCGACUGCGCCUCCUUCCCAGAGGAUAGCAGGCUGAGAGGACAGAUCCCAAGGCCUUCACCCAGGGCAGGAAGAGGCCAUGUGCCUCAGUCAACAGAGCCUGUCUCCUUUUUCUUUUUAUCUCAAAAAUUAAGGAGAAAAUAUAUUUGUGAAUUCACCAAUCCAACUCUAUCAUUUUAGAAUCCACUAUAAUUUUAGAAUCCACUUUCCACAUAUUAAAGUAACUGGUGCAAUAUGGAAUUGAUCUGGUCUGGUCAGCUUUUAGGCUGUAGCUGAAGUUCUUAAUUUCUUUUCUGUGACAACCAUAUAGCCACCAUCCCUGCCACUGUUUGCCUUGCAGACAGUGCUCAGCAUCGCCAUCUAGAAUUUACCAUCUUUGAACUGUGAUGGAUUUGCUUUGGCUGGUUAUUAAAAAAAAAAAAAAAAUAUUUAAAUUGGGCUUCACUUUUAGUUAAAAGCAAGUAAAUUUAACAAAAAUAAAUAUAUUUCACAGAAAUCAGCUGCAUGUUAUAAAUUUUAAAAUGCAUAUUUCGUUUUUUUAAAGAUGAGAGAUAAUUAAACCACAUGGUAUUUGGGGGCAAUGAAGGAUGUUUUUUCUCAGAAGAGCAUUGUACAAUUAUAUUUUUAUGAAAAAUAAAGUAUAUUCACCAAAAUCAA